CUAUUCCCUUGGGUUCCACUGGACUUCGAACCACUGAAUUUUCUUUGAAAACCCCCUUUUCCAAUGGAGCCACUCUGAGGUUAAAAAGGAAGAAAUUAUCUUUCCCAAACAGACAACAUGAUGCUGACAGCUUUUGUACUGCUCCCUUUCAUCCUCGGCAUCACUUCCAAAGCCACCGCAGGAUUCAGCUCAAUAGCCGAAAGUGAAGAUGCCCUCCUCCGACACUUAUUCCAGGGUUAUCAGAAAUGGGUUCGUCCCGUAUUAAAUUCUAAUGACACCAUAAAAGUAUAUUUUGGAUUGAAACUAUCUCAGCUUGUGGAUGUGGAUGAAAAGAAUCAACUGAUGACAACAAACGUGUGGCUCAAACAGGAAUGGACAGACCACAAAUUACGCUGGAAUCCUGAUGAAUUUGGUGGCAUCCAUUCAAUUAAAGUUCCAUCAGAAUCCCUGUGGCUUCCUGACAUAGUUCUCUUUGAAAAUGCUGAUGGGCGUUUCGAAGGCUCCCUCAUGACCAAGGUCAUAGUGAAAUCCAACGGACUCGUCACUUGGACCCCUCCUGCCAGUUAUAGAAGUUCUUGCACCAUGGAUGUCACAUUUUUCCCAUUUGACCGGCAGAACUGCUCCAUGAAGUUUGGAUCCUGGACUUAUGAUGGUACCAUGGUUGACCUUAUUUUGAUAAAUGAAAAUGUUGACAGAAAGGACUUCUUUGAUAAUGGAGAAUGGGAGAUACUACAUGCAAAAGGGAUGAAGGGAAACAGAAGAGAAGGUUUAUAUUCCUAUCCAUUUGUUACCUAUUCUUUCGUCCUGAGGCGCCUGCCUUUGUUUUAUACCCUUUUUCUGAUAAUCCCCUGCCUGGGGCUAUCUUUUCUCACAGUUCUUGUGUUCUAUUUACCUUCAGAUGAAGGGGAAAAACUUUCAUUAUCAACAUCUGUUUUGGUAUCUCUGACAGUUUUUCUUUUAGUAAUUGAAGAAAUAAUCCCAUCUUCUUCCAAAGUCAUCCCUCUCAUUGGAGAGUACCUAUUAUUCAUUAUGAUUUUUGUGACCCUAUCAAUUAUUGUUACCGUUUUUGUAAUUAACGUUCACCACAGAUCUUCUUCAACUUACCAUCCCAUGGCCCCAUGGGUGAAGAGGCUGUUUCUGCAAAAACUUCCCAAAUUACUUUGCAUGAAGGAUCAUGGGGACCGCUACUCCUUCCCAGAUAAAGAAGAGAAUAAGCCAGCAGUAAAAGGUAAAAUCCUGGAAAAAAAGAAACAGAAACAGAUUAGCAGUGGAGAAAAAGUUCUGGUCACAUUCCUGGAAAAGGCUUCGGAGUCCAUCAGAUACAUUUCAAAUCAUGUGAAGAAAGAGCAUUUCAUCAGCCAGGUGGUGCACGACUGGAAAUUCGUAGCUCAAGUUCUUGACCGCAUCUUUCUAUGGCUCUUUCUGAUAGCAUCCAUUACAGGCUCAGUGUUGAUUUUUACCCCUGCUUUGAAGAUGUGGCUACAUAGUUACUAUUAGGAAGAAGGCUUGAGCCAUUUAAAAGACAUACCAUAAAGAAAUCCCACCUUGGAACUGCCAUCUGCCAGCAUGAACACAAGAGUCCAGAUGCACACGCU